CGACGCAGUUUCUUAAAUUCGCUUAAAUUUAUUUAGUUGAAUUUCGAAAAAGCUAAAACAACUCGAAAACAACAUAAAUUUUUUAGUGCCAAGGUUUUCUCAAGCCGACUGUUUUUCUCGGUUUUUCUAAGUUUUUGUAAAACACCGCACAUAUGCUCGUGUUCAGGUGCAAACCGUCGAAGUUUUCCAUGAACGCAUGUGCGGCACUUAUGGCAGUUUUCACAUAUGGACCGGAUUCACGCAGCGCUCUCCUCGACUUAAACUAAUGCCCACUGCGGCAGACUUUCUGAAUUAUUAACCAUUUCUUAAUUCAUCAGAAUUAUUGUACCGUAACUUGGUGCAGUGUGCAGAUCUUAUAUAUAAAAAACGAAAAAAACUUAGCUACUGACGUCAAUGCAAUGCAUGCGGCUGCCUCCGCCUCUUUCGAAUGAGAUAGAAAUUCUAACUGCGUACCAAAAUGUAUACGUGGACAUAUUAAGCGUAUAAAUAAGAACCUUACUUCAGUUGAAGUUUCAGAAAGCGCUAUAAGUUUCAAACGUGGACGUUUAAAGAUGAAACUCUUGCCAGUUUUUGCUUCAAUCCUUUUCUUCUAUGCGAUCGUCGUAGCGGAGGCACGGACUACAUCGAAGACGACUAGUACUGUGUCGAAAACAACAAUCACUGCAAUACCAAAUACCAAAUACACAUGUUUUCUUUGGUGGUGUUGGGGCGCUCGUCCAACUACACAGCCCCCAAAGACGACGACUAAAACUACGACUACUACAAAACCAACCACAACAACCACAAAACCAACCACAACCACCAAAAAACCAACCACAACCACUAAAAAGCCAACCACAACCACUAAAAAGCCAACCACAACCACCAAAAAACCAACCACAACCACUAAAAAGCCAACCACAACCACUAAAAAGCCAACAACAACCACCAAAAAACCAACCACAACCACUAAAAAGCCAACCACAACCACUAAAAAGCCAACCACAACCACCAAAAAACCAACCACAACCACUAAAAAGCUAACCACAACCACUAAAAAGCCAACCACAACCACCAAAAAACCAACCACAACCACUAAAAAGCCAACCACAACAACUAAAAAGCCAACCACAACCACUAAAAAGCCAACCACAACCACUAAAAAGCCAACAACCACUAAAAAGCCAACAACAACCACAAAAAAACCGACCACAACCACUAAAAAACCAACAACAACCACCAAAAAACCAACAACUUCUACACAGACACAGACUUCAACAACCCAACAAACGACUUCAACGUCACAGCCAACAACUUCGACGUCACAGACGGGAACUUCUACAACAAAUGCAGAAACUUCAACGACCCAACCAACAACUUCAACGACACAGACGGCAACUUCUACAGCCGAAGCAGGAACUUCAACAACCGCACAAACAACUUCAACGUCGCAGACGGGAACUUCAACAACCCAACGAACCACUUCAACAACACAGUCAACAACUUCGACGACACAGACGGGAACUUCUACAACAAAUGCAGAAACUUCAACGACGCAACCAACAACUUCAACGACACAGACGGCAUCUUCAACAACCCAACCAACAACUUCAACGACACAGACGGCAACUUCUACAACCGAAGCGGGAACUUCAACGUCACAGCCAACAACUUCAACGACACAGACGGCAUCUUCAACAACCCAACCAACGACUUCAACACAGACGGGAACUUCAACAACCGCACAAACAACUUCAACGUCACAGCCAACAACUUCAACGACACAGACGGCAACUUCUACAACAAAUGCAGAAACUUCAACGACCCAACCAACAACUUCAACGACACAGACGGCAACUUCUACAACCGAAGCGGGAACUCCAACGUCCCAGCAAACAACUUCGACGUCACAGACGGGAACUUCUACAACAAAUGCAGAAACUUCAACGACACAGACGGCAUCUUCAACAACCCAACCAACGACUUCAACACAGACGGGAACUUCAACAACCCAACCAACCACUUCAACCUCACAGCCAACAACUUCAACGACACAGACGGCAACUUCUACACACAAUGCAGAAACUUCAACGACCCAACCAACAACCUCAACCACACAAUUAGAAACUUCAACAACACUCCCGACAACUACUACAACGGACCAAUCAACUUCAACGACACAAUCAUCUACAAAACAAGUAGAAACUUCAACGACUCUCCCGACAACUUCAACGACACUCCCGACAACUUCAACGACACUCCAGACAACUUCAACGACACUCCAGACAACUUCAACAACUGAUCAAUCAACUUCAACGACUCUCCCGACAACUUCAACGACACUGCCGCCAACUUCAACGACACUCCAGACAACUUCAACAACUGACCAAUCAACUUCAACGACACAAUCAUCUACAACACAAGUAGAAACUUCAACGACUCUCCCGACAACUUCGACGACACUCCCGACAACUACAACAACUGACCAAUCAACUUCAACGACUCUCCCGACAACUUCAACGACACUCCCGACAACUACAACAACUGACCAAUCAACUUCAACGACUCUCCCGACAACUUCAACGACACUCCCGACAACUACAACAACUGACCAAGCCACUUCAACGACUCUCCCGACAACUUCAACGACACUCCCGACAACUACAACAACUGACCAAUCAACUUCAACAACUGACCAAUCAACUUCAACGACACAAUCCUCUUCAACAACUUCCUAAGUUUAAACUUCCACAACUGAAGUUGUCGUCAACGACAGAGCUGAGCACCUCAACAACAUCCCAAA